AUAAUACGUGUUUCUUCGUCCUCGCUCUUUCCCUAAAAUUUUCAUUUUUCAUGUCUCCAUUCACAAAUUUAGGGCAUUCUGUUGCUUCAAUUCGAGCCCAGAUAACGUGUGUUUCGGUUCUCUGAUUUCUUCAACAGAUAAUCUAGUUCGUCGAAAACAUAAGCCGAUUCUGUAUUUUACAUCAGCAGAAUCAGCUGCUGCCGCAAAAAAUAGGAUAAAACUUUGGUUCUAGUCUUCUAGAGUUAACUGCAAGGCAAAUAAGAUGGAGGACUGGGAGGAUGAGCAAAUUCCAUCUCUUGUUUCAAAGGAGCAACCUAAAAGUAGAUGGGACGAUGAAGAUGUAGAUGAAGAUGAUGUGAAGGAGUCGUGGGAAGAUGAAGAUGAACCUACACCUGCUCUGGCACCUGAGCCAAAACCUCCAGCUGAAAAGGCCUCCAAGAAACCUGUCGCCAAAGCUGCUGAAAAGAAAGGGAAAGCUGUUGAAGUAUCAAAGGAAGUACCCCUAGACCCUGUAGCUGAGAAGCUUCGUCAACAGAGAUUAGUGGAAGAAGCUGAUUAUAAAUCCACUGCGGAACUAUUUUCUACGCGAGGUGAUGAGAAGACCCUUGAUAAUUUCAUCCCUAAAUCUGAAAGCGACUUUUUGGAAUAUGCUGAACUCAUUUCACAUAAGCUUCGUCACCAUGAGAAAAGUUUUCACUAUAUUGGCUUAUUGAAGGCAGUGAUGAGAUUAUCAAUGAGUAGUUUGAAAGCAGCGGAUGCGAAAGAUAUUGCUUCUUCUGUCACUGCCAUAGCAAACGAAAAAUUAAAAGCAGAGAAAGAAGCCAAUACUGGCAAAAAGAAGACAGGUGGGAAGAAAAAACAGCUACUUGUCGAUAAGCCAGAUGAUGAUUUGGUGGUUGAUGCUUAUGAUGGUGUAGAUGACUAUGACUUCAUGUGAUUUGUUCAGCAAAAAGCAGUUCACCGGGAAAUACAUUGGGAUUGUUCAUCUUUGAAGCAAGGAGGAUCCUACGGCAUAUUUCUUUUGAUUCAUGCAGUACAGACCAUACAAUGAGCAUCUGGAGCAUGUUCCUUAUAUGAACUAAAUAACAAUUUAAAGGGAUUGAGGAUGUGGUGGUGGUUUUCCAAGUUGGAAGUCUUAUCCGCCGCAGGUUAGAUUGUGAUUUGCUCUAUAUUGAGGAUGUUCUUGGUCAUUUUUUUUACUUUCCCAUUAUAGAUUACAUUUGUGUGUGCAUCAUUAUGAAUGGUUGCAUUAGUUUUAUAAUAAUCCAAAUACCAAUAAAAUAAGAGAUUCAAGGACUGAUACCUGUGAGAUCUGCGAGUCUUGUAUUUGAAAACACUAUGUAUUCUUCUCUAAUGAUUAUGAGAGGUUGAGAAUGUGUUUAUUUUUUGGAA